CCUGCCGCAGAGCAGAGGAGCGGCGGGAGAGGAACACUUCGCCUAGGCUUUAGCAGCGCCGGCAGGAUGGCGACCGUGGUGGUGGAAGCCACCGAGCCGGAGCCAUCGGGCAGCAUCGCCAACCCGGCGGCGUCCACCUCGCCCAGCCUGUCGCACCGCUUCCUAGACAGCAAGUUCUACUUGCUGGUGGUGGUCGGCGAGACGGUGACCGAAGAGCACCUGAGGCGUGCCAUCGGCAACAUCGAGCUGGGGAUCCGAUCAUGGGACACAAACCUGAUUGAAUGCAACUUGGACCAAGAACUCAAACUUUUUGUGUCUCGACACUCCGCAAGAUUUUCUCCUGAAGUUCCAGGACAAAAGAUCCUUCAUCACCGAAGUGACGUCUUAGAAACAGUCGUCCUGAUCAACCCUUCGGAUGAAGCAGUCAGCACUGAGGUGCGUUUGAUGAUCACUGACGCCGCCCGCCAUAAGCUGCUGGUGCUCACCGGACAGUGCUUUGAGAACACCGGAGAGCUCAUUCUCCAGUCAGGCUCUUUCUCCUUUCAGAACUUCAUAGAGAUUUUCACCGAUCAAGAGAUUGGGGAGCUCCUAAGCACCACCCACCCUGCCAACAAAGCCAGCCUCACCCUCUUCUGCCCUGAGGAGGGAGACUGGAAGAACUCCAACCUUGACAGACACAAUCUCCAAGACUUCAUCAACAUUAAGCUCAACUCAGCUUCUAUCUUGCCAGAAAUGGAGGGACUUUCUGAGUUCACAGAGUAUCUCUCCGAGUCUGUGGAAGUUCCUUCCCCCUUCGACAUCCUGGAACCUCCCACCUCGGGUGGAUUUCUCAAGCUCUCCAAGCCCUGCUGUUACAUUUUCCCAGGGGGCCGGGGUGAUUCUGCCCUGUUUGCCGUGAACGGAUUCAAUAUGCUUAUUAACGGAGGAUCCGAAAGAAAAUCUUGCUUCUGGAAGCUCAUUCGGCACUUGGAUCGUGUGGACUCCAUCCUGCUCACCCACAUUGGGGAUGAUAAUCUGCCUGGCAUCAACAGCAUGCUGCAGCGGAAAAUUGCGGAGCUGGAAGAGGAACGGUCCCAGGGCUCCACCAGCAACAGUGACUGGAUGAAGAACCUCAUCUCCCCUGACCUGGGGGUCGUGUUUCUCAACGUCCCCGAGAAUCUGAAGAACCCAGAGCCCAACAUCAAGAUGAAGAGGAGCAUAGAAGAAGCAUGCUUCACCCUCCAGUACCUGAACAAACUGUCCAUGAAACCGGAGCCCCUAUUUAGAAGUGUAGGCAAUACCAUUGAGCCUGUCAUUCUGUUCCAAAAAAUGGGAGUGGGCAAACUCGAGAUGUACGUGCUCAACCCAGUCAAGACUAGCAAGGAAAUGCAGUAUUUUAUGCAACAGUGGACUGGUACCAACAAAGACAAGGCUGAACUGAUCCUGCCCAAUGGUCAAGAAGUAGAUAUCCCAAUUUCCUACUUAACGUCAGUCUCAUCUUUGAUUGUGUGGCACCCAGCCAACCCUGCUGAGAAAAUCAUUCGAGUUCUGUUUCCUGGAAACAGCACCCAGUACAACAUCCUGGAAGGACUAGAAAAACUCAAGCACCUAGACUUCCUAAAGCAGCCACUGGCCACCCAAAAAGAUCUCACUGGCCAGGUGCCCACCCCCACAGCGAAACAAGUCAAAUUGAAACAGAGGGCUGACAGCCGAGAAAGCCUGAAGCCAGCUGCCAAGCCACUCCCUAGUAAAUCGGUGAGGAAGGAAUCCAAAGAGGAAGCCCCUGAAGUCACAAAAACUAGCCAAGUGGAGAAAACACCCAAAGUGGAGAGCAAAGAGAAAGUAAUAGUGAAAAAAGACAAGCCGGUGAAGACAGAAACCAAACCUUCAGUGACAGAAAAGGAGCUGGCCAGCAGAGAGGAGCAGUCCCCUGUGAAAGCCGAGGUGGCCGAGAAGCAAGCCACCGAGAGCAAGCCUAAAGUCACCAAAGAGAAGGUGGUGAAAAAAGAAACCAAGGCAAAACCCGAAGACAAGAAGGAGGAGAAGGAAAAGCCCAAGAAAGAAGUGGCUAAAAAGGAAGACAAAACGCCACUCAAGAAAGACGAGAAACCCAAAAAGGAAGAGGUCAAAAAGGAGGUCAAAAAAGAAAUCAAAAAAGAGGAGAAGAAAGAGCUGAAGAAGGAGGUUAAGAAGGAGACACCGCUGAAGGAAGCCAAGAAGGAAGUCAAGAAAGAGGAAAAGAAAGAAGUUAAAAAGGAAGAGAAGGAACCCAAAAAGGAAAUUAAGAAGAUCUCCAAAGACAUAAAGAAAUCGACUCCUCUGUCAGAAGCAAAAAAACCAGCUGCGUUAAAACCCAAAGUAGCCAAGAAAGAAGAGUCCACCAAGAAGGAGCCUGCUGCUGCUAGCAAGCUCAAGGACAAGGGGAAAGUUAAAGUCGUUAAGAAGGAAGGCAAGACCACAGAGGCAGCUGCCACAGCCGUGGGCACUGCGGCCACUGCGGCUGCUGCUGUGGCAGCGGCUGGGAUAGCGGCCGGUGGUCCUGCCAAAGAACUUGAAGCCGAGAGGUCCCUUAUGUCAUCCCCUGAGGAUCUAACCAAGGACUUUGAGGAGUUAAAGGCUGAGGAGAUCGAUGUGGCGAAGGACAUCAAGCCUCAGCUGGAGCUCAUUGAAGACGAAGAGAAACUGAAGGAAACUGAGCCGGUGGAAGCCUACGUCAUCCAGAAAGAGACAGAAGUCAGCAAAGGUUCCGCUGAGUCACCUGACGAGGGGAUCACUACCACCGAAGGGGAGGGGGAGUGUGAGCAAACCCCCGAGGAGCUGGAGCCAGUCGAGAAGCAGGGAGUGGAUGACAUUGAGAAAUUUGAAGACGAAGGAGCUGGUUUUGAAGAAUCCUCCGAGACGGGAGACUAUGAAGAGAAGGCGGAAACUGAGGAGGCUGAGGAGCCAGAAGAGGAUGGGGAAGACAAUGUGAGCGGAAGUGCCUCUAAGCACAGCCCCACGGAAGAUGAUGAAUGUGCAAAGGCUGAGGCGGACGUGCACAUCAAGGAGAAGAGGGAGUCUGUGACCAGCGGUGAUGACCGGGCGGAAGAAGACAUGGAUGAAGCACUUGAGAAAGGAGAAGCUGAACAGUCUGAGGAGGAGGGUGAAGAGGAGGACAAAGCAGAAGAUGCCAGAGAAGAAGACUAUGAGCCUGAAAAGGCUGAGGCUGAAGAUUAUGUCAUGGCCGUGGUUGACAAGGCUGCAGAGGCUGGUGUUGCUGAGGAGCAGUACGGAUUCCUGAGCACACCAACCAAGCAACCUGGAGCCCAGUCUCCUGGCCGAGAACCCGCGUCUUCAAUUCAUGACGAGACUCUACCUGGAGGCUCAGAGAGUGAGGCCACUGCUUCUGAUGAGGAGAACCGAGAAGACCAGCCCGAAGAAUUCACUGCCACUUCUGGAUAUACUCAGUCUACCAUUGAGAUAUCUAGUGAGCCUACUCCAAUGGAUGAGAUGUCUACUCCUCGCGAUGUGAUGAGUGAUGAGACCAACAAUGAGGAGACCGAGUCCCCAUCUCAGGAGUUCGUAAACAUUACCAAAUAUGAGUCUUCGCUGUAUUCUCAGGAAUACUCCAGACCCGUUGUGGCAUCAUUCAAUGGAUUGUCAGAGGGGUCAAAAACGGAUGCCACGGAUGGGAAGGAUUACAAUGCUUCCGCCUCCACCAUAUCACCACCUUCAUCCAUGGAAGAAGACAAAUUCAGCAAGUCUGCUCUGCGUGACGCUUACUGCGCGGAGGAGAAAGAAGUGAAAGCCAGUGCCGUGUUGGACAUCAAAGAUGUUUCAGAUGAGAGACUUAGCCCAUCCAAGAGCCCAUCCCUGAGUCCUUCUCCACCAUCACCCAUAGAGAAGACUCCCCUGGGUGAACGCAGUGUGAAUUUCUCCCUGACACCCAAUGAGAUUAAAGUCUCUGCAGAGGCAGAAGCGACAUCAGUCUCUCCUGGAGUGACCCAAGCAGUAAUUGAGGAACACUGUGCCAGUCCUGAGGAGAAGACCCUGGAAGUAGCAUCGCCAUCUCAGUCUGUGACUGGCAGUGCUGGCCACACACCUUACUACCAAUCUCCCACCGAUGAGAAGUCCAGUCACCUACCUACAGAAGUCACUGAAAAGCCACAGGCAGUGCCAGCGGGUUUUGAAUUCAGUGAGGCCAAAGACGAGCAUGAGAGAGCUUCCAUAAGCCCCAUGGAUGAGCCUGUGCCUGACUCGGAGUCUCCUAUUGAGAAAGUUCUGUCUCCCUUACGCAGCCCUCCUCUUAUUGGAUCUGAGUCUGCAUAUGACGACUUCCUCACUGCUGAUAGCAAGGCUCUUGGCCGAUGUACCGAAAGCCCCUUUGAAGGAAAGGAUGGGAAGCAAGGCUUCCCAGACAAAGAAAGCCCAGUGUCUGACGUGACUUCCACUGGUCUUUACCAAGACAAACAGGAAGGGAAAAGCACAGGCUUCAUACCCAUAAAGGAAGACUUUGGUCCAGAAAAGAAAACCAAUGAUGUUGAAAUCAUGAGUUCUCAAUCAGCUCUGGCUUUGGAUGAAAGGAAAUUAGGAGGAGAUGUGUCUCCAACACAAAUAGAUGUCAGUCAGUUUGGCUCAUUCAAAGAAGACACCAAGAUGUCCAUUUCAGAAGGCACCGUCUCAGACAAAUCAGCCACUCCUGUGGAUGAGGGUGUGGCAGAAGAUACUUACUCUCACAUGGAGGGUGUGGCCUCAGUCUCUACUGCCUCUGUGGCCACAAGCUCAUUUCCAGAGCCAACCACAGAUGACGUGUCUCCUUCUCUGCAUGCUGAAGUGGGCUCCCCACAUUCCACAGAGGUAGACGACUCUCUCUCAGUAUCUGUUGUGCAAACACCUACCACUUUCCAGGAAACAGAAAUGUCUCCAUCUAAAGAAGAGUGCCCAAGACCAAUGUCAAUUUCUCCUCCAGACUUUUCCCCUAAGACAGCCAAGUCCAGGACACCAGUUCAAGAUCACCGAUCCGAACAGUCUUCAAUGUCUAUUGAAUUUGGCCAGGAAUCACCUGAGCACUCCCUUGCUAUGGACUUUAGUCGACAGUCUCCAGAUCACCCUACUGCGGGUGCGAGUAUGCUUCACAUCACCGAAAAUGGGCCAACUGAAGUGGACUAUAGUCCUUCUGAUAUCCAGGAUUCUAGUUUGUCACAUAAGAUCCCACCAAUGGAGGAGCCAUCCUACACCCAAGAUAAUGAUCUGUCUGAGCUCAUCUCUGUAUCUCAGGUGGAGGCUUCCCCAUCCACCUCUUCUGCUCACACCCCUUCUCAGAUAGCCUCUCCUCUUCAGGAAGACAUUCUCUCUGAUGUUGUUCCUCCCAGAGACAUGUCCUUAUAUGCCUCACUCACCUCCGAGAAAGUGCAAAGUCUGGAAGGAGAGAAGCUCUCUCCAAAAUCCGAUAUUUCUCCACUCACCCCACGAGAGUCCUCACCUUUAUAUUCACCUGGCUUUUCAGAUUCUACCUCUGCAGCCACAGAGAAUGCGGCAGGUCGCCAAACCUCUUCCCCACCAUUGGAUGCUGCUUCUGCAGAGCCCUAUGGCUUCCGUGCCUCCAUGUUAUUUGAUACAAUGCAACAUCAUCUGGCCUUGAAUAGAGACUUGACCACAUCUAGUGUGGAGAAGGACAGCGGGGGGAAGACACCCGGCGACUUUAGCUAUGCCUAUCAAAAGCCCGAGAAAACCACCAGAUCUCCAGAUGAAGAAGAUUAUGACUAUGAAUCAUAUGGGAAAACCACCCGGACCCCCGAUGUGGGUGGCUAUUACUAUGAGAAGACAGAGAGAACCAUGAAGUCCCCAUGUGACAGUGGGUACUCCUAUGAGACCAUCGAGAAGACCAUCAAGCCCCCAGAAGAUGGCGGCUACGCCUGUGAAAUUACUGAGAAAACCACAAGGACCCCUGAAGAGGGUGGUUAUUCAUAUGAGAUCAGCGAGAAGACAACCCGGACCCCUGAAGUGAGUGGCUACACCUACGAAAAGACUGAGAGAUCUAGAAGGCUCCUGGAUGACAUUAGCAAUGGCUAUGAUGACUCUGAGGAUGGUGGCCACACACUUGGAGACUGUAGCUACUCCUAUGAAACCACUGAGAAAAUUACCAGCUUCCCUGAGUCUGAAAGCUAUUCCUAUGAGACAUCUACAAAAACAACACGGAGUCCAGACACUGAGACAUACUGUUAUGAGACCAUGGAGAAGAUCACCAAGACCCCACAGGCAUCCACAUACUCCUAUGAGACGUCAGACCGAUGCUACACUACAGAAAAGAAGUCCCCCUCCGAGGCACGCCAGGAUGUUGAUUUAUGUCUCGUGUCCUCCUGUGAAUACAAGCAUCCCAAGACGGAGCUCUCGCCUUCCUUCAUUAAUCCAAAUCCUCUGGAGUGGUUUGCCAGUGAAGAGUCCACUGAAGAUUCUGAGAAGCCCCUCACUCAGGCCGGAGGAGCCCCUCCACCUUCAGGAGGGAAGCAGCAGGGCCGACAAUGUGAUGAAACCCCACCCACCUCAGUCAGUGAGUCAGCCCCAUCCCAGACCGACUCUGAUGUUCCCCCAGAGACGGAAGAGUGCCCCUCCAUCACAGCUGAUGCCAACAUUGACUCUGAAGACGAGUCAGAAACCAUCCCCACCGACAAAACGGUCACAUACAAACACAUGGACCCACCUCCAGCCCCCAUGCAAGACCGAAGCCCUUCUCCUCGCCACCCUGACGUGUCCAUGGUGGACCCAGAGGCCUUGGCCCUGGAGCAGAACCUAGGCAAAGCUCUGAAGAAGGACCUGAAAGAGAAGGCCAAGACCAAGAAGCCGGGCACCAAGACCAAGUCCUCUUCUCCUGUAAAGAAGGGUGAUGGGAAGUCCAAGCCCUUGGCAGCAUCCCCCAAACCAGGAGCCUUGAAGGAAUCCUCUGACAAGGUGUCCAGAGUGGCUUCUCCCAAGAAGAAAGAAUCUGUGGAAAAGGCUACAAAGGCCACCACCACUCCUGAGGUCAAAGCCACACGUGGGGAAGAGAAAGACAAGGAGACAAAGAAUGCCGCCAAUGCCUCCGCAUCCAAGUCAGCGAAGACUGCAACAGCAGGACCAGGAACCACUAAGACGGCCAAGUCAUCCACCGUGCCUCCAGGCCUGCCUGUGUAUUUGGACCUGUGCUAUAUUCCCAACCACAGCAAUAGUAAGAAUGUUGACGUGGAAUUUUUCAAGAGAGUGAGGUCAUCUUACUACGUGGUGAGUGGAAAUGACCCUGCUGCUGAGGAGCCCAGCCGGGCUGUCCUGGAUGCCUUGUUGGAAGGGAAGGCUCAAUGGGGAAGCAACAUGCAGGUGACUCUGAUCCCGACACAUGACUCAGAGGUGAUGAGAGAAUGGUACCAGGAGACCCACGAGAAGCAGCAAGACCUCAACAUCAUGGUUCUAGCAAGCAGCAGUACAGUGGUCAUGCAGGACGAGUCCUUCCCAGCAUGCAAGAUAGAACUGUAGAAACCGAAGCCGGCCACACCACAGGAUUUGAACUUUGUUUCCAGAAAUUCUUGAAUUUGAAACUACCUUUUCUAAAACGUCCAUUCAUCUAAUUAAGUCACUGAACAAUUACCUGCCAAAUGCUAUACUGUGUCAUGUGAUGCAAGUCACUAAUAUUUCUCAGUCUUUGCUGAUCGCUAAGGGAAGUAACCAUAUUCCCACAAUAGGAUUCAAGUUACUGCAAAAUUACCUACCCCCCUGUUCAUCUCUGCUGAACAUUUGGAAGCCAUGCACUCGCGCACCCAACUGACUUCUGCUAGGUAUUGGUAUUUGUCUUAGAGAGAGAAAGAGAGAGGGAAAGAGAGGCAGAGGGAGGGAAGGGAGAGAGGGGGGAGCGAGGGACAAAGAGAAUGCAGGAGAGAGAGAAUGAGAGAGAAAGAAUGAGAAAGGAAAAGAAUGCAAGAGAAGGCGAUGUAAUGGUGAAGAGUUCUCAUGUGAUGCCCAGGGAGAAAGAGUGGGCAGGAUGGGGCAUAUGGAAGACACCAGCAACUAGGUCUGCAUUUUCUCUGACAGCAGCCGUUCUGUGGUCUACACCGGUGAAGUGUUCUGUUUUCAUCAGAGUCAUCAGAAAGAGUCUGAAUCUCCUAAAGCAUGUUUCUAAAGAACAGAAAGAAUGAAGCCUGUUAUGAGGGCAUGAGAUUUUUUUCACGCCUUAAUUAAAUCAACGCCUUUCCUAUAAAGGCUGCCCACGGCAUAAUGUAGCAAGUGUAGACUGGACAUGUGAGUGGCUGGAACCCCAGUCAGAACUCUCCGACUUUUCCAACACCAUGAGUAGGUUGAUCUAAGGCAUG